AUGGCAGACACUUCAAAGGCGACGGCCACCGGCGCCGACGCCGAUGCCAACAAGGACAACAACGGAAUGGACAUCGAUCGACCGGGCUCCUCGGCUGCUGGUGCUGUCUCGAAUGCUAAGCAGCAGAGAUUUCAGGUCAAGAAGUGGAACGCCGUGUGCUUGUGGAGCUGGGACAUUGUCGUCGACAACUGUGCCAUCUGCCGCAACCACAUCAUGGACCUCUGCAUUGAAUGCCAGGCUAACCAGGGGAGCGCUACCAGCGACGAGUGCACCGUAGCUUGGGGUCAGUGCAACCACGCCUUUCACUUCCACUGCAUCUCCCGCUGGCUCAAGACUCGCCACGUCUGUCCACUAGACAACCGAGAGUGGGAACUCAACCGUUACGGCCGAUGA